AUGACUUGGACCAAGGCAGGCGCCCAUGGCGCCAUGGGGUUGCGCCAUCUCUUGUCGCUCGUGCUGGCUGUGGCACUCGCCGUGCUGCCGCCGCCAUGCGCGGCGGUUGAAGUGCAGCGGGGUGCGAGCAGCUCACCCAUCGUCACUGACCCAGCCGAAGUGGAGGUGCUGCGGGCGGUGAGGGAUGGCAUAACGAACGCAGUGGAGUGGCUGCCGCACUGGGCGGACGAGUUUGACCCGUGCGGCCCGCUGGGGUGGACGCCCGAGAUCAUCUGCAACAUCUCCGAUUCAGGCGCCGCCACUGUCACCUCCAUCUCACUGCGUGCGGGUCUCGUGGGGUCGCUCUCGCCUGCAGUUCUGCGCCUCCCCAACCUCGAGUCGCUGGUGUUAGGGCAGGUCAGUUUCAACGCCACAGCACUGCUGCCAAUCAUCAACGGCCUCACACAGCUCAAACAACUGGCGCUCAUGUCAACGGCGCUCAACUACCGCGCCAGCCAGCUCGCCCUCGCCAACAUGACGCGCCUGCAGGACCUCACGCUGCAGCGCGUGGGCCUGUCAGGCCGCCUCAGUGACCUGCACCUGCCGCUCAUGCCCUCGCUGCUGCGCAUUGACCUGUCAAUGAACAGCCUCACGGGGCAGAUCCCACAGGAGCUCGCUUCUCACCCCUUCUCCCACAUAGACCUCUCCACCAACUCGCUCUCAGGCUCCAUCCCGCCGGCGCUCGUCGCCUCGCCUGCCCUCGUCAACCUCAUUCUGUUCGGCAAUGAGCUGGAGGGGGCCCUUCCAGACAACUUCACCACCGCCACGUUGCUGCAGCACCUCGACCUACAAAGCAACAAGCUGACGGGGUCCAUCCCCCAGUCCAUAGAGACCACGCCCUCUCUCUACUACAUCGACCUCUCAAGUAACGGCCUGACGGGGGAGAUCCCGCAGAUCUACAAGGAGUGCUCCUUCGUUGAGCUCUCGCCCUUGCUCAACCUGUCGAGCAACGGGCUGACGGGGUACCUGCCGGGGAGCAUCGGCGAGUACUCGCUGCGCAACGUCAAACAUUUCGUACUGGACGUGAGUCACAACAAGCUGGAGGGAGACAUUCCCCAGCAGCUCAUGCUCUCACAGUCCACUCUUCUUCUGGACGGCAACGCUGGUUUCUGCAACCACCCGGGGUACCCACCCUGCCCGGCCCGCGCCCCCGUCGCGGUUGACUCUACCACCUCAGGAGACUCGUCAAAUGACUCGCAGCAGCAGCAGCAGCAGCCUUCAUCCAGCCUUUCCCCUGCAGCAGUGGCGGGCAUAGCAACAGCGGCAGUGGCAGGUGUGGCGGCGCUGGUGCUGGCAGCGCUGGUGCUGGUGCACAUUCGGCGCGCAGAUGGAGAGCGGAGGAAGGAGGAGGAGCAGGGGCUGAAGGGCAAGGGCGACCCCAGCGAUGCUGUCAGCCUCUGGCUGCCUGACUCGGGGGUGGGCGGCAAGAAGGGCGCCAGCGGCAAGUGGACCUCUGCAGACUCUGGCGGCAAGUCCAAAGUGUUUUCGGAGAAGGCAAAGAAGGCGGCAGCAGCGCGGCUGGAGGGGUCGCUGCUGUUCUGCUUGGACGAGCUGAUCGCCGCCACCAACGGCUUCCACCCCACGGCGCUGCUGGGGCGGGGGGGCUUCGGCCACGUGUACCACGGCGUGCUGCCGGCACUAGACGACGGCGAGGAGGGCGAGGCGGUGGCCAUCAAGGUGCUGCACUGGGAGGAGGGCGAUGCGGGCGCGGGUGGGCAGGGCGAGAGGGAGUACGAGACGGAGGUGGACCUGCUGAGCCUUGUGAGGCACCGGCAUCUCGUGCGGCUGGUGGGGUUCUGCAGCGAGGGCCAGCACCGCAUGCUCGUGUACGAGUACAUGCCCAGGGGGAGCCUUGCACAGCACCUUCAUGGCGGGCAGGAGGCGAGGCUGCCGUGGUCAGCGCGGGUGCGCAUCGCACUGGGCGUGGCGCGCGGGCUGGCGUACCUGCACGAAGGGUGUGUGCCGCGCAUAGUGCACCGCGACAUCAAGCCCAGCAACGUGCUGCUGGACGCCAACAUGGAGGCGCGCAUCGCUGACUUCGGCCUCGCCAAGAUGCUGCACGACCAUGAGCGCGACGUUGCCACCCGGGUGCAGGGCACGUGGGGGUACGUGGCACCGGAGUACCUGGCGGGGGCAGCGGUGAGUGAGAAGGUGGACGUGUAUGCCUUCGGUGUGCUGCUCCUCGAACUCGUCACCGGCCGUUCUCCCCUCGGCGACUCCAAGCUUGUCACCUGGGCGGAGGAGGUGGUGGCGAAGGGCGAGCUGGGAGCGCUGGUGGACCCGCUGCUGUUUGGGGACUACAACGAGGGCGAGCUGAGGGGCCUCGUGCACAUCAUCUUCCUCUGCCUGCACCACCACCCCGAUGACCGCCCCGCCAUGUCCCACGUGGUGCAGCUGCUGGAGGGCGAGGCAGCAGCGCAGGCAGCAGGCGGGCAGAUCACCCUGCCGCACAUUGCAGUCUCUCUGCCGCAGUCCACCCUCCCCCACAUGAGCCCUCCUCAAAUCUGA